AUGCCAACGUUGGAUUUUAGUAUACCGCCGUCCCUGCCAGUAGAUGUACAGGAGAAGCUCAAUGAGCUAAUCCAGGAUUAUAGAGAUGAGAGUCUGACGGUUAAGGGAUAUGAGAAGAAGCGCGCCUGGAUAUUGGACAGGUACCAGGAGAAGAUGGGGCAGAAAUUGAUGCGGUCCGCGACAAACGUGGAUAAACGGAAAAACAUCCAUAUUCCAGGGAGGAACCAAAGUCUGUCUUCCACUUUAAUAAACAAAAACUUAAUAUCCCCACGCUCAUCUGUAAAUAGGAACUCUUUGAAUGAUCCACCCUCGUUGAAAUCGCCCAGGAAGAUUGGGACUACCAGUGAGUAUGCGGAUUCCCCACAUUCAAUAUAUCAGGUAACUACAAAUUCGAACAAAAUGUUCUCCGAUCUUAGUAGCAGCGGUGAUCUAUUUCGGACUCCUACAAGACAAAACGCCAAAUCAAACGGCAGGAACACAUCGUCAGUGCAACUGUCUUUACCCUCGCAUGACGUUUUGGAUGAUAAUCAGGAGUACAUCCCCAUGAUACCGCUGCUUCCGAGAGUAACUAAUAUCGACCACGCUGAGUUUUCACCGAAUCAGUCGUCACUGUUGUCGAUUCUACGAGGAAGGUUCGAACAUCAGGAGUCGCAGACGGCAAUGAUCGCGAUAAAUUCAAAGGGCAAAGAGACGUUCAUUACAUGGGACAAACUGUACUUGAGGGCAGAGAAAGUUGCCCAUGAAUUGGGUAAGAGCAAAUUGUACAAAAUGGAUAAAGUGCUUCUUUGGUAUAACAAGUCAGAAUCAGUCACAUUUAUUGUCGCACUUCUGGGCUGCUUUAUCGCCGGAAUGGUCGCCGUCCCUAUAUCCUUUGAAACUUACUCUCUAGCGGAAAUAAUGGAAAUUAUCAAAUCUACAAACACAAAAACCAUCUUAAUAUCCAAUGAAUGCCAUAAACAACUGGAUAGCUUACAUUCUACCACGACGAACACAAAAGUUAAACUGAACAGAAAUGAACUGUUCCGAGACAUAUCAUUUUUGCGAACAGAUGACCUGGGGACGUAUUCAAAAGCCAAAAAGCAAUCCCCAACGUUUGAAGUACCGAAUAUCGCAUACAUAGAGUUUACGAGGACACCUCUGGGGAGAUUAUCAGGAGUAGUCAUGAAACAUAACAUACUGAUCGAGCAAUUCAAUGCCAUGGCCGAUAUCCUGAACUCCAAAAAGAUGCCAUACUGGAAAAAAACGAAUAUAAGGAAACCGUUCAACAGAAGGGUACCGCUAACCAUUGCCACAAAAGAAAGCAACGCGAAGUUCAUGAUAUUGAAUACACUGGACCCAACACGGUCUACAGGUCUCGUUCUUGGGGUGUUGUUCAACAUUUUUUCUGGGAAUGUUUUCGUUACUGUAGACAAUAAGCUAAUUACAAAAUCGGGUGGUUACGAAAACUUGAUUGAUCGAUACAGAGCUGAUAUUCUAUUAAACGAUCAGUUGCAGUUGAAACAGAUCGUCAUCAACUAUUUAGAAAAUCCACUGGUCCUCGCUGAACGCAGAAAGCACAAAUUUGAUUUCACAUGUAUCAAAUGUUGCCUCACAACCUGUACGACAAUUGAUACGGAUGUCACAGAAAUGGUGGUACAUAAAUGGCUGAAAAAUCUGGGUUGCAUUGACGCUCCGUUGUGCUAUUCACCUGUUUUAACUUUGAUUGACUUUGGGGGGAUAUUCGUAGCAACGAAGGACAAACUCGGUGGAUUAGACAACUUUCCAAUCCAUAACUCGAAGCUGCGCUUGCAGGACGAACUAUACGUGAACAAACAGAAGUUGAGAGCCAAUACGGUCGAACCUAGCAUCACUGCAAUGUUGAACUCCUCUGCAUCGUUCAAAGACUACAUCAAACUAGAAACAUUUGGCUUCCCAAUGUCAAAUACCAUGCUUUGUGUGGUAAAUCCUGACGAUGCUACCUUAGUUCCGGAUUUGUGUGUCGGUGAAAUUUGGCUGUCAUCGGAUAAUCUUGUCGAUGAGUUUUUUCAGAUGGAGAAAGUUAACGAAUUUGUUUUCAAGGCAAAAUUAAAUUAUGCCAAGAUGUUUACCUUUAUCAACGAAUCCAAAACCUCAAAAAGUACUGAAUUGCCAAAAGAAAGAUUGCAGACAAUCUUAAACGUAUGUCCUGGCGGUACUCAAUUUGUAAGAACGAAGCUGAUGGGGUUUGUGCAUAAUGGUAAGAUAUUCAUUUUGUCACUCAUUGAAGAUAUGUUUCUGCAAAAUCAACUGAUUCGUUUGCCGAACUGGUCACAUACAUCAGACGUAUCAAGAGCUGUACCCUCCUCCAGUACGACUAAGAAAAAUGUGAGUGACUGCAAAACUGUCAAAAGUAGUGAAUCCAGCAAUAUUAGUAUUUCUGAUCGAGUAUCAAUUUCCAACCAAAAGGGUAAACGGGUUGUGGAGACCCAUUACUUACAGCAAAUAACGGAAACUCUUGUAAGAACAGUGGCUACUGUCUCGGAUGUUUCUGCAUUUGAGAUUAACCGCCAUAAGGAGGAGCAUAUUUUGGUGAUGGUUAUAGAAAGUUCGUUAGCAAAGAAGAGGUCACCAGAAUCCGUUAAUGCUGAUAUGUCCAUAGUUUCCACCACCGUAAAACAAAAAGAAGAUCUCGAGAAAAAGAUGAACGAAUUGAUUGAUCAAAUCUACAGAAUUUUAUGGAUUUUCCACAAAAUUCAACCAAUGUGCAUUGUUGUUGUACCGCGCGGUUCACUCCCAAGACGAUAUUGUUCUCUGGAACUGGCGAACAGUACUGUUGAAAGGAAGUUUGUCAUGGGAGAGCUCGAUUCCAAAUUUGUGAAGUUCCAAUUUGAUAACAUUAUUUUGGAUUUUAUUCCGCACUCCGGUUAUUAUAACGAAAGCAUCUUCUCGGAGCAUUUAUCCCGAUUGAGGCGGGCUUACAUAGAAGACAUGGACUCGUACUACGGACAAUAUGGGAGCGAACUACCACUGAAAUGGCAGACCUCGGGAAUCGAUUAUAGAGAUACAUCUUACGAUUUACGAACAACGAACAAACAAUUGUCUGAUUUCGAAAACAUUUUGGAGUUGAUAGAGUGGAGAGUAAAGAAACUACCAAAUGAAGCCGCAUUUACAGAUGGGAGCGAUGCCUCCUCAACAAGCUCUAACAACAACGAUAAUAAUAUCCACAAAAACGUGUCCUGGAAGACGUUCGACCAAAUUGUGGGCGCCUGCCUCAAAAAGAUUAUUUCCUCAAAGACACCUCUAAAACCUGGUGACAAAGUUGUUAUUAUGUGUAAGAACUCUGUGGACUAUGUUGCCAUAGUUAUGGCAUGUCUUUAUUGCCACAUGGUUAUUAUUCCGCUGGAACCAAUUACGGAAGCAACUGCUGAGGAAGAUUUACAACUUUUCUCACAGAUUGUCAAGGGAUAUCGUGUGAAACGGAUUUUCAUAGAUGGAAGUUCUAAUAACCUACUCAUGAAUAACAACACAGUAUCUCGACAUUUCAAGAGUAUAAGAAACACCAUGCCUAAGAUUACAGUAGUUUCCAAACUGAAGCGUAAACAUGGCGUAAACAUUGCAUUAUUCAAAAACAUUUUGAAGCUGAAAUACAGCUGCAAAGUGGCAUCCAAAGCGAAUUCUCUGCCUUGUAUGAUUUGGAUCAACCAAGACCACUCUAUAACUAACAAGCUCCACAUCAAAAUGAACCAUUCUGCAUUGAUGAACUUCUGUAAGAUUACCAAGGAGACCUUACAGUUACCGACGACUUCACCCAUAUUCUCCUUAUGUAAUUAUACCACAGGAUUUGGAUUUAUGUUGAGUUGUUUUAUUGGGCCAUAUGUGGGCACUACAACCCAUCUUUUCGAUGUCGAGGAAUUUUUGUCGGCCCCGAAAGCUUUCCUACUUGGAAUUCAGAAUUUGAACGCAAGAGAUUUGUAUUUUACACUAGGAAUGUUCCAUCGGGUAUUGGAGAGAGCCAGCAGUGUACUGGUAAAUGGAUCUAAAGAUGUUGCAUCCAACAAAUCAAAAAACUUACACAAGAAUACGUCCAAAUUGAUACCCUAUUUCUUCAGAAAUGUCAAAAACAUCAUGAUAACUUUUGUUGGUAGACCCAGUUUCCUGUCCAUUGAAAACCUGUUGGCUAGAUAUCAAAAAGUUGUUGUAUCGCCGUACCAGAUCAAUUUUGUAUACCAACACCAUUUCAAUCCUAUUGUAUCACUGAGGUCGUAUUUAGAUAUCCCGCCUAUCGAUGUUUACCUGGACCCUGUGUCUUUACGCGAGGGUGUUAUUAGGGAAGUCGAUCCAACAUCUUCGAGAGUGUACAAUGCGCUCCGUUUGCAAGAUUCUGGCGUUGUGCCCGUUUGUACGGACGUCACCAUAGUCAACCCUGAGACUUUAUUGCCAUGUUUAGAAGGUGAAAUCGGAGAGAUUUGGUGCUGUUCAGAAGCGAACGUGCACGACUACGUUUUGUUUAAUGCCAACGGCCAGCUAAGCAAGGAUAAAUUUAUAACUGAGCAGUUUCAAAGUAAGUUUAAUAAGGAAGUUGCUAAUGGGUUAACCUACUUGCGUACCGGCGACCUUGGUUUCAUCAGGAACAUCCAAAGCACAAAUCGCGAAGGUGAUCUGAUCAGUCUGAACCUUCUAUACGUGCUCGGAAGUAUCAACGAAACCGUAGACAUACUUGGUCUGACUCAUUUUGUAACCAAUUUGGAGAAGACCGUGAGGGACGCACACCCUUCGAUCAUGAACUGUGUAAUCUCGAAAGCUGGUGGGUUGCUUGUAUGUCUCAUACAAUGCCGGAAUGGGAAAGUUGAAAGACAUGGGAAUUUGACCGCGCUGGUGGUUGCUGCGCUGAUGAGUAGUCAUGGUGUGAUUUUGGAUUUGGUAAGUUUUGUGAAAUUUGAUCAGAAUGGAGUAUGCAAAAAAAAUUGGAAUGUGAACCGCCAUAAUAUCAUGGAAAGCUGGUUUGAUCAAGAACUCCGUAUCGAAUCCCAAUUUGCAGUCAAUUAUGGUGAAAACAUCUCCAUUUAUCUUUUGUCGGAUUUCGAGAAGGAUACGUAG